UUCAAGUCAGGCAGCUGACUUUUUAGCAACCAACUUUUUCAACUCAAAUAUCAACUAGAUUGUUUACAGCAUUCACCAAGGAAACGUUACUAUAUUGUUUGUUGUCCCACUUCGGUUGUCCUUAGAAACUAACUUCAGGAGCGUCCAGCUCAAAAUGCCUAGACACAAAAAGUGGGAAGAAGGACUCACAUAGAAAAUGUGUUGUUAGAAGUAAUAUAUUACCUAAUCAUGUAAACCACUUCUUAUUUUUACUUUCGACGAAAGAAUCGAGUUAAUAUAUAUGUAUGUCACAAAUGAAAAUAUAAGUAAAAAUACCAAAGUUAUAGUAUUUUAGGGUAACGUUGAUAAAUCAAUCAUGUCAUCAUUCAAAAGAGGACGCGAUCCCUUCCCUUUCCCUCGACAAGCUAAUGAUGAAGAAUUAUCUGGAAUAAAAAAAGAACAGGUAUGUCUUCAACAUGAACCAUACCAUAUUUCCCAACAAGCUGACCCUUGGAAUAAUUUGCAUAACAAACGGACAUUACAAAACUCUCGGCGGCUAUUUUUCUAUCACGACCCCUUGGCUCCAAAUGACAGCCUGGAUUUUAUUCUUAAAUCAGUCUAUGAACAAGAUAAGGAUCUUUUCAGUACCAAAGCUGACACUUUGUUGCAGGUGGAAACUAUAACUGAUGAGCAUAGUCGGAAAUUAGUUAAUCGUGAAAAAAUACCUGAGAAAAAACCACUGCAUAUGGAUCAUCCUUUAAAUAUUAUACCCUCAGAAAAGAUGGAAGAUUUCAACAGUGUCAAAUUAGCCAUUGGACCUCAGCCCAAAUGUGGCUCAGGCUGUAUCUUUGGACGGAAGCCCAAAUUUAUUAAGGACGUCAAAAUGUCAAAAGAGAAAUAGUAAAUCAUACCAUACUCAAAUAACAAACCGGGGAUACUCUCGAAAGCCUGAUGGAGGAUAUUACUCUACUUAACACAUUUGAUAUAUUGUACUGUAUUACAAUAGAUAUCAGACAAAUUUCGAGGUUCUAUGAGUUUCUGGACAGCUAAAGUGUUUCUUGUUUCCCAGUGAACAUAUAACAUUCAAAGGACAAUGUUAUUUUGGCAAAAGUUUAAGCAAUAAAAUAAAGUACAAUUUUA